AUGGUUGGACACUUGUGUACUAAGUACAGGUACACGACAAUAUUAAAGGCAACUAGGAAUAGGGAAGCUGGCCAACCGCCUGUGCAUUCAAAUCGAGCUAGUGGCUGGGGAAAUCAUUGUCGGACAAUUGUGUACACGCAAAUAUCUAAAGCAGACUGUGAACGGGGAAACUGGCCAACAACCUGUGUAGUCAUAUUGGCAGGUGGUUGGGAAAUCAUGGUUGAGGAACUAGCUGUGUACUGCACAUGUACACGAAAAUUUUUAAAGGAAGCUGGUAACGGGGAAACUAGCCAACCACCUGCGCAGUCAAAUCAGGCAGUUGGCAAGGGAAAUCUUUGUCAGACAUCUAUGUACCAAGUACAGGGGAAACUGGCCAACCACCUGUUUAGUCAUAACGGGCAAGUGGCUUCGAAAUCAUGGUUGGACAACUGUGUACUAAGCACAGGUACACGAAAAUAUUUAGAGGAAAUUGGAAACAAGGAAAUUGGCCAACCACCUGUGCAGUCAAAUCGGGCAGGUGGCUGGGAAAUCUUUGUCGCACACCUGCGUACUAAGUAUAGGUACACGCAAAUAUCUAAAACCGACUGGGAAAGGGUAAAGUGGCCAACCAUCUACGCAGUCAUAUCAAGCAAGUGGCUAGGGAAAUCAUUAUCGGAUACCUGUCUAAAGGCAACUGGAAGCGAGGAAACUGGUCAACCACUUGUGCAAUCAAAUCCGGCAAGUGGAUGGGGAAAUCAUUAUCGGACACGUGCACUAAGUACAGGUACACACAAAUAUCUAAAGCCGACUGUGAACGGGAAAACUGGCCAACCACCUGUGCAGUCAUAUCGGGCAGGUGAUUGGGGAAAUCAUGGUUGGACAACUAGCUGUGUACUAAGCAUAGGUACACAAAAAUAUUUAAAGGCAACUAGGUAUGGGGAAACUAGCCAACGACCUGUGCAGUCAAAUCGGGCAGGUACACGCAAAUAUCUAAAGCCGACGGGGAACGGGGAAACUAGUCAACCACCUGUGCAGUCAAAUCAGGCAGGUGACGGGAAAUCAUUGUCGAACACCUAUAAUGGCAACUGGGAACGAGAAAAAUGGCCAACCACUUGUAGUCAAAUCAGGCAACUAGGAACGGGGAACUGGCCAACCACUUGUGCAAUCAAAUCGGGCAGGUGGCUUAGGAAAUCAUUGUCGGACACGUGUAUUAAGUACAAGUACACACGAAUAUCUAAAGGGACUUGGGAACGGAGAAACUGGCCAACCACUUGUGCAUUGAAAUUGGGCAGGUGGCUAAGGAAAUCAUUGUCGAACACAUGUAUUAAGUACAGGUACACGCGAACAUCUAAAGGCAACUGGAAAUAG